CGAAAAUACUCGACCUCGACAUUUCGCAUACUGAACCCCAGAAAAACUGGCAUAAUGGCUAAGAGCAAGCUACUCGGUGCAUUGGACCGCUACAAGGGCCGCGAUCUCAAGCUUGAGAAGCAAAGAAAGCAAGAGAAAGAGGCUCGGAAACGAAAGCUUGCACGGGAGGGACCGAAGGGUGACGGUGAGGAUGAGGAUGACGGUGGAGUCUUGUUAGGCACAAAUGGCGAAGCGGAUAUUCAAUCGGAGCUCAACGGAAAGGCGGUGAAGAAGAGUAGCUUGAAGAAGAGCAGCUUAAAGAAAAGCAAGACGAAUGGCGCCGCAAAGCCUACAGACGAUGAAGAGCACUGGGAGACUGAAGAGGACGAGGAAGAGGGGAGUGAUGACGAGGAUGAUAUGCCGGUGCGAGGAGUGUUUGACACUUCACGUCUGGACGACAUCGACGAUACCUCCGAAAGCGAGUCAGAAGCGGACGAAGAGGACCCCGAAGAGGGAGACGAGGCUGAAGAAGACGAAGAAGACGACAUAGCCCUUUCCGAUAUCGAGUCACUAGCUUCUGAAGAUAGAGGCGACAUCAUACCCCACCAACGUCUUACGAUAAACAACACAACUGCCCUCACCGCCGCUCUCCACCGCAUACAACUCCCUCUCUCGAAGAUGGAGUUCUCCGAACAUCAAUCUGUCACUACAUCCGAACCUGUCGAAAUUACCGACGUUGAAGACGACCUCAACCGAGAAUUGGCAUUCUACAAGCAGUCGCUAUCCGCGGUGACAGAAGCUCGGAAGCUGCUUAAGAAAGAAGGAGCAGCGUUCUCUCGGCCUGUGGACUAUUUCGCGGAGAUGGUGAAGAGUGACGAGCAUAUGGGCAAGAUCAAGCAGAAGCUGAUAGACUCGGCUGCAAGUAAGAAGGCUUCCGCGGACGCGAGGAGACAGCGCGACCUCAAGAAGUUCGGCAAGCAGGUGCAGAUUGCGAAAUUACAGGAGAGAGAUAAAGCGAAGAGGGAGACUUUGGACAAAAUCAGUUUGUUGAAGCGAAAGCGUCAAGGCCAAGAUCUUACCAAGACGAACGAAGAAGAUCUGUUCGAUGUUACCCUCGACGAUGCUGCCAAGCCGUCAAGGUCGGAACGCAAAGAUUCGAAAGACGGCAGACCAAACCCUAAACGACAAAAGAAGGACGAGAAACAUGGUUUCGGUGGCAAGAAACGAUUCGCCAAGAGCAACGACGCAAAAUCGAGCGCUGACAUGAGUGGAUUCUCCAACAAGCGCAUGCGUGAGGACAAAGACAAAAUCAGCAAGACUGGCGCAAGUAAGAGGCUAGGCAAGAACAGGAGAGCCAAGCGGAAUUGAGUCGGACUUGGCAUGUUGUUGCAUUUAAUGGAGUUCAUGGAGUGCUGGAGGCCGCUUGGUUCACGGAAAAAGCAUGGCGGUCUGAUACGUCUACGUAUCUCAGAGAUGAGUCUUCAGGCCUCGAUGCUAGCUAAAGGAUACCACGUUAUACUGAAUGAAAUGUUACAGUCAAAUAAUGUACAAGAAGUGGACAAACUGGAGCCUAGCUGCUAGAGCAUUGGUCUCUUAAGACACUUACUAGCGUGGAUAGGAUCGUAUAUCGAGCAACAUGCCCUUUUCGUGGUAGCGACAUCGAAUCAUUCUUACUUACUCC